GCUGCAGACACGGGACUCUUAUUUUGAAAAGCAGUGACCGGAAGUGAUGCUGAGGGCGAUCGGGAGCGAGCUGGAUGUUGAUGCGCAGCUCGUGAAGCUUUAGAUCAGAAAAACGUCUCAAAAUAUCAGAAAACCAGAAGAUCAACAGAACUAAAGAGGGCGCUGUGACCAUGCCUCCCUGUGCUGCUCUCUCAUUGGUCGGCCUGCUCCUGCUAACUCUGGUCUCCUCCGAGCCCGCCGACUCCUCCCUGGACGAUCUGACCAAUAGGAAUGCAGACUUCGGCGCGAGGCUGUACCGAGCCGUCUGCAGCCGGACCGACGACAACGUCUUCCUGUCAACGUUCACGCUGUCGGCCGCGCUGCUGGCGCUGCUCAGCGCCGCCAACGGGUCGACCCAGGAACAGCUGCUGCAGGGACUCACUCUCACCGGACUGGACCCGCAGACACUGCCAGAUCUGUUCCAGACUCUGAGUGCCGGCGUGCAGCAGGGCAGCGCCGCCAUGACCCUGAAGCAAGGCGUGGCCGUGUUUCCGGCACAAGGCGUCCAGGUGUCUCCGUCCUACCUGGACCUGCUGCAGACCAAGUUCGGCGGCAGCGUGAUGAAUGUGGCGUACGCGGCUCCGCCAGAGGCCGCCGAAGCCAUCAACCUGUGGGCGGAGGAGAUGACUGGAGACCAGGUCCAGGAACUGGUGCCCGACCCAGAGCCCCAGACCCAGCUGCUGCUCGCCACUGCUGCCGCAUACAACGUGAGGUUCAGUCCGUCCUUUAACGAGUCCUUGACUCAGGACGAGCGUUUCUACGUGGGAAAGUAUCACGUGGUCAUGGUUCCCAUGAUGUUCCGGGCUGAUAAGUACUUCCUGGCGUACGACCGCUCGCUGAAGGCCGGCGUGCUGAAGCUGCCGAUGGCGGGCGGAGCGGCCAUGUUGGUGGUGCUGCCGGACGAAGACGUGGACGUCACAGCAGUGGAAGAGGAAAUGACCGGAGAGAAGAUCCAGGCCUGGAUCAGACAGCUGAAGAAGACGAAGCUGGAGGUGCAGCUUCCUCGUUUCCUGUUGGAGCGUUCGUACUCUCUGCGGGACGUCCUGCAGACGCUCGGCAUCACUCAGGUGUUUCAGGACGACGCUGACAUCAGCAACAUGGGCGGAGCCGAAGGACUCAAACUCACACAGGUUCAUCACAAGUCUCGUGUGUCGGUGGCGGAGAAUGAUGACAUCACAGCGGGAGGCGGAGCCAGCGUGUUCUCCACUCUUCCCCCCCGCCUGACGGUCAACAGACCUUUCCUCUUCAUCGUGUACGAGGCGGCGAGCCGCUCCGUGCUGGCCAUGGGCCGCGUCAUCGACCCCUCCAGCAAAUAACACCAAGGGUUCCCAACCCGAGGCUCCGGACCCCCGACGGGCCGCGAGAUGAACCAAACGGGUCCCGAGACAGUUUCAAAUAUCUCAUCGCAAACUAACGCAUGGUUGUCCAUAGUUAACUCGCGGUUAAUGGCAUUCUUUAUCUGUUCUAAUAAAGUUCCUUUAGUUCUGUAUCGGUAACCCCCGGUUACUGCUGGUA